ACAAUAUAUACACUUUUAAAUAGGCCUCUCGCCAAAAAUAUACCCAUUCGGAUUGCACCUUCAUAAGAUAAUAAAAACAUGAGGGAUACAGUCGUGCCUAACGUCGAUAAGGCGUUUCUUUUGGCAACCAUACAGCAGAGUAAGCGACUUGACGGUCGUGGUGUAUACGACUACCGUAAGGUCAAGCUGACCUAUGGCAAAGGCUUUGGCAAUGUAGAAGUGCAACUCGGCAGAUCGAGAGUACUAUGUCAGAUAUCGGCUGUUGUUGUACCUCCCAAUGAAGACCGUCAGCAUGAGGGUAUAGUGGUGUUCAAUACAAACUUAGCUCAGAUUGCAGACCCGCAGUAUGAGCCGGGGCGUCCUUCAGCGUUGGCUAUUGAAGUCGGUCGAAUCAUUGAGCGGGGCUUGAAAGAGAGUAGGGCGAUAGAGAAGGAAGGGUUGUGCAUUGUUGCUGGUGCUAAGGUAUGGCAAUUGACCAUAGAUACAACCAUCCUGGACAAUUGUGGGAACGUCAUCGACUGCGCGUCAAUAGCUGUCAUGGCGGCGCUCAGACACUUCCGACGACCCGAUGUCACGGUACAGGGUGAAACCGCUACUAUACACACACUCACAGAGAAAGAACCCGUGCCGUUAGGGUUACAACAUAUACCCUUUGCAAUCACGUUCGGGUUUUUUGACGGGGGCAAGUAUACACUGGUGGAUACCAGCUUAGAAGAGGAGCAUGUGAUGGAGGGGAGACUGACGCUUACGUUAAAUACGCACAGGGAAGUGUGUGCCAUACACAAGUGUGGCGGCGCUCCUUUGCUACCUGACCAGAUCAUCCGGUGUGCGAAGAUCGCCGCUGUCAAAGUUACUGAAUUAAGCGAUCUGCUCACAGCGGUGCUUGAUGAGGCAGGCGCUGGUAUAAGCAAUCCUCUGCCGGAUAAGCGGUCGGCGCGGACCAUUGGCGAACAGAAUACCCAUAUAAAAGUAGUAACAAAGGAAGAGAAAAUCAUCGACUUAGCGAAAGACUUGGCGUCAGAAACGACCACCACCACGCAGCAGGACACACUGAACAGCGCGAUGAGUGAAGAUGGUAGUGAGAGUGAGGCUGAGAGUGACAGUGAGAGUGAUAGUGAAGAGGAGGAGACCACGAUGGUCUUGACCGGGAUAUAGCACAUUACUCAAUAUUAAAAAUCAUGCAACUUAUGACUGGCGGCUGGGUAUUACAUUUACUUUACGACUGAUAUAGAGAGGGGAUAUAGAGCAUUACUCGAUAUUAAAAUUCAUUCAACUUAUGACUGGCGAGUGGGUA